AGAGAGGGUUAUUAUUUCAUUAAUUUCUUAAGUUUUCAAGCAAUUUUUACAUAGAUUUUUUUCCUUCACAUUUAUUUUUUUUUUUAGUAAAAAGUUUUCGUAAUAAAGUUUUUCGGGUCAGCGAGUGACGGAACAAACCUAAAUUUAUGUACAUAUUGUUGAUUUCCGGUGUUGUUUAUGCUAAAAUGUCAGUAUUUUGACUAAUAUACCACAAAGAUGUUCUUAAGAAGAAGUUUCAUAAUCAUAAGAACGACGUGAACUAGGGUAGACGAGAUUCAAAAUGGAGGAAUACAUGUCCAUGAGCUAAUAUUCGAAUCAACGCCAUUGGUACCAAACUUUUCAAGUUCCAUAGUAAUGCAGUUAAUGGGAAUUGCCACAGAUUAAUGCAAGAAAGGUGUCUAAAAAUAACAGAAAGUUCCAAAUUUCUUCUUGAGAAACGCCUUUUGACUUCAAUUGCUUCAGCACGAGAAUCCUUAAAAGAUCUGGUUGGAGGAACACAGAAAUUGAUAGGAGUUGGUAGUGGCUCCAGUAAAAGUGAGUUAGCAGCAGUAGCAGAAUCUCAGGAUGAACUUCCUGUUCGAAGGAUGUCCGACAGCUUAUCAGAAUUGAUUAUUCCAUUGUCAGAUAUUGCUGCAAGGCAAAAGUACCUUAAUCCAAGUUUAAAAGGAAUACGAUUUGGAAGAAUUCUGGAAGAUUUGGAUACAUUUGCAGUUUUCAUUGGUUAUAAACACACUACAGUGGACAGAUCAAAGAAAGCUGCUAUAUCCAUAGUGACAGCUCUAGUGGAUAGAAUCGAGAAACAAACUGAGAUUGUGCCAGAUAUUGAUGUCAGAAUGAUGGGGAAUGUCACAUGGGCAGGGCGGUCCUCGAUGGAAGUCACCAUGAAACUACAGCAGGAAGUCAAUUCUGUGAUGCAAACCAUUCUAACAGCCAAGUUUCUGAUGGUUGCAAGAAACCCUGCAACUAAGAAAGCAGCAGUUGUAUGUGCCUUAAAACCCCAGACUCCAGAGGAGGAAAAAAUAUUUCAGCUCGGAGAAGCAAACAAGGUGGUCCGACAAGACGAGGCCAAGCGGAACCUUCUGAAGACCCAUCCCUCUGAGGCAGAGAGAGAAAUUAUCCACCAAAAGUUUCUCCAAACACUGGAUCCUAACUUCCAAACUUUCCGCCAGCGUGUGAAGCCAGAAAACAGUGUUUGGAUGGAGGAUACUAUUCUAAAAAAUCUCCACAUUUGUUUUCCAGAGUCUAGGAAUCUCUACAACAAGAUAUUUGGUGGAUACCUGAUGAGGAAAGCUUAUGAGUUAGCUUGGGCUAAUGCUGCAUUGUUUUGUUCGUCAAGAAACUUCAAUGUAAUAAUUGUGGACGACAUUGCCUUUCUGAAGUCUGUGGAAAUCAGGUCGCUUCUGUUGAUGUCAAGCCAGGUUGUGUACACUCAGGACACCAAUUUACAAAUCCAUGUCCAUGCUGAGGUCUUGGACCCUGAUGAUGGAUCUCGGAGCACAAGCAAUAAUUUUCAUUUCACUUUUCGAUGCCAUGAGCCUACCAUACCAUCCGUCAUGCCCAAAACUUAUGCAGAAUACAUGUUGUACUUGGAUGGGAAAAGACAUUUUGAAAGCUGAUGUGCUGAUCCCUGGAGAUUAAGCUUGUUGUGUAUUAUUUUGAAGGACUCUAAACAUUUUCAUUGAUCAAACCAAUCUAAUUAAGAUUAGAGAUCCUUUGAUCCGCUCACGUAUAUCGCUACACAAGGUAUUUGAGCGGAUCAAAGGAUUUUAAUUUGAAACAAUUAAAAUACAGUAAAACAUGGUUAUAGCAAACCUCCAGGACUUUUGAAAAAAAACCCAGUUCAUUAUAACCAAACUUCAUUAUAUCCAAUAGAAUUUUCGUUAUUUUCCUCUCAUUUGGGAAUAGAUAACACUUGGCAAUAAGAAUGAAUUUGUUAUAAACAUGUUCAUUAUAAGCAAUUUUUACUGUAGUAUAAUUAUGGAAAUAUUUGUCGUCAUUGUAAAUUCAGAUAUUUGAAAAUACUGUACCAGUAAUAGGGAAAUUAUGUUUGAACAGAAAUUUUUGAUCAGUGUUAUUUGGUAUGAACUAAUGAUAAUUCAUGUUUUCAUUUUUUCAAAGUCCUUACAAUUUUAAUACAUCAUCACAAUGGCCGACUUCCUUCCAAAAUAGGAACAUAGAUAAGUAGAAAAGAAAGUAAAAAUACAUGAUAAUUAUAAUUUUUUUAAUUUUAGUUUACUAGAACUGCAAUUUUUCACAUUAAAUAAGGUAAAUUCUAAAGUUUUGGAUUUCAAAAUAUCAUUGUGCUGAUCUUCUAAUAUUCAUCCUUUAUACUUUUGUAUUUGAUGUGUUAAACACCCUUAAGGAGGUAUUCUACAACGUCAUAAUGGCUGACUUUCUUUUAAGACAUAAAUGAAAAUAUAAAUAUCAGCAAUAUUUGUCUAUUCAUUUCUAAUAUCAUCACCUAGCUGAUUAGGUUAGCACAUCAACUGCUGAACUGUAGAUCGCGGGUUCAAGUCUAGCAGGGGUUUUAAAAAAAUUUUCCAGAUCAAUUUCUACUAGAUUAAAACAGCAUUUUUUGGCUAGAUAAAGAAAAUUUGAAAUAUUGUUGUACAUAUCCUCCACUUAUCAUCCAUAUCAAAUUUCUCUCAUGUAGCAUUCCUCCUUAAGGUUGUUAACAAUUUUAUUUUAUUUUUUUAGUUUUUAUAUUUCAUUUCAUUUGGUGGAAACCUAUUCCAUAUGUAUAACAAUAAGGAAAAAAAUGUCUAUCCUGUUAUGAAAAAAAAAUGUGGCAGUUGCAAAGGAUGGAGACCUGACUAAACUCCAGCUAAGGUUGUCAACUUUUAAUAUGAACAAAUGUUAUAGUUAUAGGUGAACUCUGAUUCUGUCUUUUAGAAGAUUGAUCCCGGUUAUCAUAAUCUGUCAUAUUUUUUCCAUAUAUGUACAUGUAUAAUUUUCCAUUUUUCAAAAAUUUAUAUUUAAUUUAUUGAGGGGAUGUGAGCUAAAAAUAUUGUUUCAGUUUAUAAUACUAGUCUUGGAAUACAAGUUUACAAGAUUAUGUCAAUAAUGUGUAGUUUGAGUUUUAAAGUAGAAAAUGAGUUUAUUCAUACUGUUAUUGAAAGUGAGCAUGAUUUUUUCGUCAAGUCAAAUCAAAUCAACAAUUUUGCUGGGUUUUUCCCAGAUAUCAGACCAUCAAAUGAUGAGUAAAGUUUUGGAUGAUAGAAAUGCUGCUUAAAAAAUUAAACACUAUUGAUUAAGGAGGUACUCUACAUCAUCGUAAUGGCCGACUUUCUUUUAAAACAUGGAUGAAAAUAUGGGUUCAAGUCCAGCAGGUGUUUCAAAUUUUUUGUAGAUUGCUUUCUACUAAAACUACAUUUUGUUUUACUAUAUAAAGUUUUCAAUUUCAAAAUAUUGUUAUACAUAUCCUCUACUUUUCAUCCAUACCAAAUUUCUCUGGUAUAGCAUGCCUCCUUAAUGAAACUUUUGUGCAAAUAUUUUGCAGUAUGUGAUUCCACAUCAUAUUUAUAGUACUUUCUUUUUGUCUUUGGAAAUUUUGUCAAGGUCAUACUUUGUAGCAAUUUUAAAGUAACAUUAAAUUACCACACUUAACAAAAGACUGUUUAUAUGGUCAGAGCUUAUGAGAUCCUGAUCAAAGGUCAUUAGACAAGGUCACUAAAAGAAAGUUUAGAAUUUCAUUUUGGACCUAACAACAAAACUACACUAGAAGGGUUGCAUAUGCUCUGAGUGUGUGUUAUAAUCUGGAUGAAGGUCAUUUGCAUAAGGUCACUUGUAGAAAAAGUUUGAAAAUAUUUUUGUACCAAAGAUACAUUAUACAUGUACAUUCAAGAUCACCAGGGAAAAGUACAAAAUUAUAUAUUUAAAACAAAGAAGACUUAAACAAUUAUACUCUGGUGCUUGUGGGCUAUGUAUGUAUCAUGAUCUUGGACAAUAGGAAAAACUGUUAAUUUUUAUCCAGGUGAUAUCUUUGUAACAAUUUCAUGUUGUGCACUUGUACAUGACCCAAAGGUUGCUUUUUUGAUAUCUGCAGCAGUAAAUGUACUUAAAGAACUGAGCCCCGGCGUAUGGAUGAGCCCUGUGGGAUUGGAGACAGAUCUGAUUUUAUUUUAUUUGUGCCCUGACCUCAUUUUAUUUUCUUAAACAAAUUUUUGUUGUAUUUGCAGUCUUUUCAUAUGGUUCUAAUUUUAGAUUUUGUUUGUAGAAGUACCGUCUUAAAUCAAAUGUAAUAUAGAAUUUCAACACC